UCCUUCAAAACGAAUAUCACAUGUUGAUAUUAUAUUGAAUAGUGACGGAAAUUAUACCUUAGCUACAUACUGUCCUGAAUUUCUACCGAAACUUGUCAUGUUUUAUGAAAUCAAAAUUAAUAUGCUCUCACUACAAGUCAGUUGUCGACCAAUUGCUAAUGUUCAUCUUACCAAUCCUUCUUUAUCCGUUGAGCGAUCUCCAGUAUUGCAUUUGAAAUUAAUAUCAAAUACACAAUCUCACGGAGUUCGACUUAUAAUAGUAACAGCCGAGAAAAAAGGAAAUAAUGUUUUCAAUAGCAGUAUUGCCACAUGGGAAAUCGAUAAAAUCACACCACAACCACUUGACUCAUUGACAGAAAAUGCAAUGGAAAUCGAUAUGCCUCUACCAAGUAUUCAUCUUGUUGCUAGUGAGCAUUUGGAUCAAAAGCUUGUAACGAAUAUUUGGAUACAAGAUGAUGAACUCUUCCUUGGUCUCAGCGACGGCCAAGUUCAGUUUCGUAACUGCAACACUUUACAAGUCCUUUCACAGGAACAAAUUGGACUUAAACAUUUUAAAGAUUGCAAUUUUCCCAAAUAUAGUACCUGGGUCCCUUCGAAUUGUGGUCACGAAGAACUUUCGACCCGUGCAGAUGGUGAGUUUAUGUCAAAUAAAUUUUUCUUAAGUUGCCAUUGAAUUGAUUUUUUCAAUUACAUCAGCAAUCAUUGAAUUUGCAACUUCACCGAAUGGGACGUUAUUUCUUUGCAGACGGGCGUCUGGUAAACUUGACUGU